AUGGCUCUAAAUCUCUGCACCUCCCCUAAAUGGAUCGGCACCACCGUCUUCGAUAGUGCUUCUUCAUCGAAGCCAUCACUCGCUUCUUCUUUUUCUACUACUUCAUUUUCUUCUUCCAUUCUAAGUUCGAAGAGUGUUGGUCUACAGAGCUUGAGCCUGAGGAGGAAUGUUAGUCUCAGUGUAAGAUCGAGCUUGGAAACCGCGGGACCCACGGUGACGGUUGGGAAAGUAACUGAGGUCAAUAAGGAUACUUUUUGGCCCAUCGUUAAUGCCGCCGGUGAUAAAACCGUCGUCCUCGAUAUGUUCACCAAAUGGUGUGGUCCUUGCAAAGUUAUAGCUCCAUUAUAUGAAGAAUUAUCUCAGAAGUAUUUGGAUGUUGUCUUUCUUAAGCUUGAUUGCAAUCAAGAUAACAAGUCCUUGGCAAAAGAACUAGGAAUCAAGGUGGUUCCCACUUUUAAAAUUCUGAAGGACAACAAGAUUGUAAAAGAAGUUACUGGUGCUAAAUUUGAUGAUUUGGUCGCCGCCAUUGACACUGUUCGGUCUAGUUAG